AGAAACAAUUAACACAACAUGAUCUGAGCUUAAAUCAGGACUGACUGCACAACAUCUCAGUUAAGGAUGACUGUGCUUUGCAUAUUGAAGAUAUUUCUCAUUAGCUUGUGUAUGCAAUUUGACCUAAUUCCCCUGAUCAACUGUACUGCUGGAAUUGACCAUACUUUGUCAAAACAAGAUGUUUUGCUCAUAAAGGAUACAGAAAAUCCAAAGUGUUUUACUCGCACAUUAAAGGAUUUCACCUGCUUCUUUGAGACCACAGAGAACAGGACAUAUGAUUUUCUCUAUAAGUGUGAAAGGGGCGGUACUAAGAAGUGUGAAAUGUCUACCUAUGGAACAGACAAUGGGACUUUUCUGCAUGUCUGUUUUUUUCCCUGGAUGGACAUCUUUUUAUUCACUGAAACAGAAAUCGAAGUGGUGGAUCGCACCAAAAACACCAGUUUGUACAAUCGGACAGUCUCUGUGGAGGACCUCUGUCUUCUGGAGCCCCCCUUCAAUGUCUCUCUACAGCCAAAUGACAAUGUGGGAAAGCUGAGUGUUUUCCUGGAUACAGUAAAGUUAAGCCCCAUACGACCAAAGGAAUAUAGAAUUCGUUACUCUUCCGUGACACUUGGGGAAAAAACAGUAGAGGUAAGAAAGAACAGCUUUCAGCUCCCAGUGGUACCAGGUGAGGAGGUUGAGGUCCAGGCUUCUGUGAAAUGCGUUAGUGAUUCAAAAACACAUCCGGGACACUGGAGUGCCUGGUCUAAACCUGUGGUAGCAACAGUUCCCAAAAGUGCAGAUAAAAUCUCGCUGGUAUGCUUCACCUCUGACCUGCAACAUGUUACCUGUCUUUGGAACAGUACCAAAAAUGGUGCAGAAAAUGAGUACAAACUCUUCUACAAGAUGAGUUUGAGACAAUCUUUAAACUGGACUGAAUGGACUAAAUGUCAGGAAGAUCAAAAUGUCUCUAAGACGUGUUCUUUUCGUGGAGAUAAGUUUGGAAAAAUAAAAGUAAAGCUCAACAACACUCAAGCUACAGUCAAACCAUUGUUCUUCAGUGAAGAGUUCACACUCAAUAAGUCCAUUAAAAGUGCCCCACCAAGUCAUCUGAAAGGAGUGCUAAUGAAAAAGAAGUUGUGCUUGGAGUGGGAAGCUCCUCUACCGUCUCUGUCUAUCUUUCUGCAGUAUGAGGUUGACAUUCAGAUCAAAGGAGGUGAAAAGUGGAGUAAGACAACACUGGCAAACACUAGCACAUAUGUAGAGCUUCCAUCAGGCUGCCAGUUCAGUGUUAAGGUUAGAGCUAAACCUGAUGGGUUGAUUUACUCAGGAUACUGGAGUGACUGGUCAAAUGUUUUCUCAAGUGCCACAACACCGGACACAGACAUGUUGCUCUUGAGGUAUCUCUGUGUUUCCGUGCUGAUAAUAGCUAUCAGCUUACUUGGAGUCUUCUUUUUCUACUGCAGGAAGCUCAAGCAGUAUAUCUGGCCACCAGUGCCCAACCUUGAAAAAUUUCUUCAGGGUUUUCUGAUAGACAUAAACCAGCAGAAAUGGGGUCCUCCAGCCACAGCAAAGUUGUGCUUUGAAGAAACAACCUCAUCUGUGGUGGAGAUCAUGUCUGAUAAUGGGAUUCCAGGACUGGACAAGCCUUCUGAAGAAUCCUCCGACCUCCUCUCUUCUGAUGGAAGCUCAUCCACCGAGGAACAGGCAGAUGAAAGUGCUGGGGGUGAAGCCCUCAGAGAUUAUGUAACUCUAAACAAGGAUCUGUCCAUUCUCUGUCUUAAAGAAAAUUCUUAUGUGUAUGAGCAGUUUAAAGAUGGAGAAGCUCCUGAGAGAGGAAAUGAGCACCUUAUAAUAUGUCGCUGUGUUGAGCCUUGCUCAUGCAACAACUAUUUUAACCGUUCUUACCUACCUUCGGCCAUGUCUACAGAGAGCCUGAAUUACAGAACUUGUGAUGAAAAUGGUGCAAGCAACCCCUACACUAACCUUCACCUUACCUAAAUAUACAACACCAGUGUGCUUAAGUUCACUGUAAAAAGUAUGCAGUAAGUUUGUAAUACUUAUUAUAACUGGUGCAAUAAUAAGUGCUGUCAUAAAUGCACAAGAUUGGUAUCAGUGGCAGAUUAACUGUUUUUAUGCAGUUGCUAUUUUAAGAGUAUAUUUGAGCACAAUAUAGGAGCAUGUUAGAGCCAUUUUAACCACAUUAAUAACAAGGCCUAACUACAAUGGGUAGAGCCAGUUUUUAUAUGUACCCUUAAGCUUAAUUACCAGCAAUUAUUUUGUGUUCUAUUGUAAGGAACAGUAGAAUUGUAAAAAAUCUUCAACGGUUUGUCAUAAUGUCGUAGUAACAUACUUACCAUAAUAAACAAGUAUUUUAAAGUAAAUAUAAAAAGGGAAAAAAAUGUUCGAUUGUUUAUCACUGUUUUUUCAUCUUUUUGUUUUUUUUACUUUAUUGGUGUAGAGCUUUUAUACUCAAAGAAAUGUCACAAUGUUUUUAUAAAUGACAAAUUUGAAAUUUCUGAAAAAUAAAAGCUUUCAGGGUUAUCAUGCA